GAUAAGAGAAGGUCGACUACAAGAAGUUGGUUAAUGCCUUGUUCGAGAAUACAGAAUGGUUUGCCAUGUAAUGCGAGGCCAAGUCAGCAAGGACUUUGUUGAGGGCUGCAGAGCCUUACUCUUGGAUAAGGAUAAGAACCCAAAGUGGGAGCCUCCUAGAUUGGAGCUUGUCACUGACAAGAUGGUAGAAAGCUACUUCUCCAAGGUGGAUGAUGAAGACUGGAAAGAUCUAAAGCUGCCCCCCAGAUCAAACUUGCCUGUAUCUGCAAUUGCAAAGCUGUAACUCUCGGCAUCGCAGAUAUUUUCACUAUCAA